GCUCUUCAGAUUUAAACAGGGAAAUGCCAGUUAUCUGCAUUUCUCUCCUCUCGAGCUGUCACGCUGUGAUGAUCAGUGUGCCCUGAUGAUCAGUGUAGCCCCAGCAGUGCCACCUUCAGUGUCCAUCAGUGCCUUAUGUCAGUGCUCAUCAGUGCCUCAUGCCAGUGCCCAUCAGUGCCACAUCAGUGCCACAUAUCAGUGCCUACCAGUGCACAUCAAUGCCACAUAGCAGUGCCCCUCUGAGCUGCCUUUCAGUGUCACCCAUCAGUGCCAGUCAGUGCCACCUAUCAAUGCCAAUCAGUGCCACCUAUCAGUGCUGCCAAUCAGUGCAGCCUAUCAGUGCCAGUCAGUGCCGCCUAUCAGUGCCAGUCGGUGCUGCCUAUCAGUGCUGCCUAUCAGUGCCUGUUAGUGCCACCUAACAG